AUGGCCAAAGAUACAGAACAAGCUUUAGGCAACGAAUUUGAUAUCGAUGAAGCAGCCAAGCUCUUGCCAGAGGAAGUUGUUGAAAUUUUUGAAACUGAUAUUACUUACGGCUUGAGCGAGAGCGAAGCCAGGAGGAGACAGGCUGUUGUCGGGUUGAAUGAAUUAAAAGAAGAAGAAGAAGAAUCAUUAUUAACCAAAUUUAUCGAAAAAUUUAAAGAACCUAUGAUUUUAUUAUUGUUAGGAAGCGCAGCAAUUAGUCUUUUAUUAGGACAAUAUGAUGACGCAAUUUCAAUUUCUCUUGCUGUUUUUAUUGUUUGCACUGUUGCCUUUGUUCAAGAAUGGAGGAGCGACAAGGCUCUUGAGUCACUGAAAGAACUCACCACACACAAAGCAACAGUUAUUAGAGAUGGAACUCAUCAUAUCAUUGAAGCAAUACACGUUGUACCAGGUGAUAUUGUCACCUUUUCAUCUGGAGAUAGAAUACCUGCAGAUGUUCGACUAAUUGAGGUUGCAAGAUUGGGAAUUGAUGAAAGUGUUUUUACUGGUGAAGUCAAUCCUGCUUCGAAGGACACUGAGAAAACUUAUCCAAAACAUGCUGCAAAUGAGGAUUCAACAUCAAGCCCUUUCCCAAAAGCAACCCACGUUGCUGAUUGCAAGAAUAUUGCAUUUAUGGGUACUUUGGUUGCUGCAGGAAGUGGAAAAGGAGUUGUUGUUUCCAUCGGACAAAAGACUGAAAUCGGAAAAAUAUCUGAUUUAUUGAAAUCUAUUGCAGAGAAAAACACUCCACUUCAAGAUGCUAUGGAUGAUUUGUCACAGAAAAUUUCCUAUCUUUCAUUUGGAGUGAUUGGAGUUAUUUUCUUGAUUGGAGUUUUUACUGGUAAGCCAUGGCUUGAAAUGCUUCAAAUGGGAAUAAGUUUGGCUGUUGCUGCUAUCCCUGAAGGUUUACCUAUUGUUGUCACAGUAACUUUGGCUAUGGGUGUCAUUAGAAUGUCAAAAAAAAAGGCAAUUGUCAAAAAGUUGCCAUCAGUAGAAUCACUAGGUGCUUGCAAUGUUGUUUGUGUUGACAAAACGGGAACGCUAACCAAAAACGAAAUGACUAUGGUAAAAGCAUUCACUCUUGCUGAGCCCGAUAUUGUAUACGAUGUUACAGGAUUAGGAUAUCAAGCUUCUGAAGGCUCAUACUAUAGAGUUCCUAUUUCAUCCUUACAGAAUAGACAUGAUCGCUCGCAUAACGGAGAGCGAAUCAUCCCAACAGAAGUUCCUCAUCUUAAUACGUUACUCAAAAUUGGUGUUGUUUGUAACAAUGCAAACGUAGAUUUCACUACAAACAAGCUCGUAGGUCAACCUACCGAAGGUGCAUUGAUUACUGCAGCACAAAAGGCUGGAAUUAACGUGAGCGAAUUAAGACCCAAAUUCAAAAAGAUCGAAGAAAUUCCUUUUGGUUCAGAACACAAGUGGAUGGCUGUAAGAAGCAAAAACAUCGAAAGCGGAAAAGAGCUUUACUACAUCAAAGGUGCUUCUGAAAAUAUUUUAAUGAAUUGUACCCAUUACUGUGUUGGUACUGAGUAUCAAAAGAAACCACUUACAGAUCAAUUGAGAAAACAAAUUGAGGAUGCUAAUUCUACAUUUGCAGAAAAUGCAUUAAGAGUAAUGGCAUUAGCUGUUGGAGAAAAGUCCAAUGCUGACUUGACCUUUGUCGGCAUUGUAGGUAUUUAUGAUCCUCCAAGACCAGGAGUUAAAGAGGCUGUGAAGCUUCUCACUAAAGGUGGUGUAAGAGUAGUCAUGAUCACAGGUGACUCUAUGAAGACAGCGGUUGCUAUUGCCAAAGAACUUAAUAUCGUUCCUGAGAAUGGUGACGAAAAGGAAUACGCACUUUCUGUUGAUGAUUUAACAACGAAGAACUUUGAGGAAAAGAUAGUCAAUGCAAGAGUUUUCUACCGUAUGGCUCCUGUUCACAAGAUGAAGAUUGUCAGCGCAUAUCAGCACUUACACUACAUUGUCGCAAUGACUGGGGAUGGAAUUAAUGAUGCGCCAGCACUAAAGAUGGCAAACAUUGGUAUCGCCAUGGGUAAAUCAGGUACUGAUGUGAGUCGAGAAGCUUCUGAAAUGAUUUUAGCUGAUGACAAUUUCCCCACAAUUCUCUCUGCUAUCGAAGAAGGAAAGGGAAUUUUCAACAACAUCAAGAGCUUCUUGAGAUAUCAGCUUACUACAUCCAUCAGUUGUAUGAUUAUCAUUAUUUUCUGCACAUUUAUGGGAUAUCCACUUCCAUUGAAUCCAAUGCAAAUUUUAUUCAUCAACAUUAUCAUGGAUGGUCCUCCUGCUCAAUCUCUUGGUGUUGAACCUGUGGAUGACGAUGUUAUGAAUCAACCACCUCGAGACACAAAGAAACCAAUUACUUCAGGAAAAAUUGUUAUUUCUAUUCUGAUCUCAGCCAUUAUUAUGGUUAUUGGUACACUAUAUGUUUUCAUUACUGAAAUGACUGAAGAUGGAAUAGUGACAGCUCAUACCACUUCCAUGACAUUUACAACAUUUGUCUUUUUCCAAGUUUUCAACGCGUUCAACUGCAGGUCAGAAAAGAAGUCCCUUUUCCAAGUUGGACUUUUCACAAACAUUCCAUUACUUCUUGCUGUAGGAGGUAGUGCCUUAGGCCAAUUAGCUUUGAUAUAUGUUCCUUUUAUGAGAGCUAUUUUUGAGACAGAACCUCUUUCACUGUCCGAGCUGAUAUUUGUUUUGAGUGUUGCCUCAAGUGUUUGGGUGAUUGAGGAGGUUAUCAAAUUUUUUGAGCGAAAGACCGAUCGAAGUUAA